AUGAACGUGCAGAACCUCAACUCUGUUGACCCUUUCGCCGAAGAGGAACUUCUCGGAGGCACCCAAGACGUAGGCUCUGGGGCAGAUUAUAUUCAUAUUCGUAUUCAACAAAGAAAUGGAAGGAAGACAUUGACUACUGUACAGGGUUUGGCUAAACAGUAUGAUCUCAAGAAGAUCUUGAAAGCUUUCAAGAAGGAGUUUGCCUGCAAUGGCACCAUCCACAACGAUGAGAAGCUAGGUGAAGUCAUCCAACUGCAGGGCGACCAGCGAUCCAAGAUUUUGGACUUUCUUGUUGAGAAUGAUGUCGAUAAGCUCACCAUCAAGAUGCACGGGUUCUGA